UAAUAAGCCAGGAUCCCUUCAGCUCAAACCAUUAUCGCUGGACUGCCUUAAUUAUGUCCUGUAACGCAGGUUUGUCAGUUGAGAUUGUAACCAGGGGUGCGUGGAUGAAAUGCCGGGGAGAUCCCACGUACAACAAAGCUGGGCCAUCGGGCCGUAUGAUACCAACUUGGCCAUCGCUUGUCUCGACGUGUAUUAGUCACAGGAAGUCAUAGAGCUAGGUGGUUUGGGCCGAAUUCGAGAUGGUCCGCUGUCCAGCUCUAGAAUUUGUGCUACUAAACGCAACCUCGCUUCUCCUACAGGGGCUAUGUCAACUUCAGCCUGAGUGCUCUUCUGUGGUCGGUGACUCUCGCCGUAGCGACAGGGUCGCCUCCGGAGUAGUUGCCAUACCACAUCGCGUCACUCCGUCCCACUCAAAUCGAUUACUACAAGCUUUUAAUUGGCGCUGUCGACUUUCUUCCAUCGGUUUUUCAGUCCCGGAUACAGGGCCUGCGUUUGAUUACCGAUCAAUCUCUUGUCAAGACAUCACGUCGUCGGAUAGGGAGUAUAUCUGGCUGCAGAUUAUGUAGAUUAUCUAGCGAAAUAGUAUUAGUUCAUGAAUCACAAUACUUGGGGGCAAACUUGACUUGUCGGAUC